AAAAAAUGUGACCGGUGAAUAGUCGAAAUUAAUGAAAAUUACCGAUUUUUACUUUCAAGUAAAAUAAUGUCCAAUAAAAUCGACAAUAUUGUUAUGUCUUUGUAGAUAUUAAUUACUUGCAGUUACGUUGAUGUGAAUCGAAUGAUAGAUAAUACUUAUUACUCUUUUAUAACGCGUUUUCGUCACUCUGUUAAUAAUAAUGGAACUUACCUUAAACAUCGAGAAACUGCAUUUAAAAUCUGAAUAUUUACACACUAAUCCCAGACGUACAUACUAUCACGAGAAUAGCGUAAAUCCGUUAUUUGUUUCGUGGGAUAAUUGUAUUACGGUCUUGUAUUCAUUAGACACUCUGGCGGAUGCUAGUCUUUGGAAUCCUAUUGAAUGUGUUGUAAGUUUUUGUUUGUUUUAAGCGUGUAUCCAACUUGCGCCGGAUGCUAUCUUUUUAGAACUUCAUUCACUUUGCCUGUUACAGUACACAAUAAACAAAACAAGGAGACAUUUUUACAAUCAAUGGUUUUUGUUUUUGUUUUUUUUUCUAGAUUUUGCCAGUAAGUAAUCCAGUACAGUCAAUCUUGACAUUUGAUUCAAACAUUUAUUGCGUGGAUAAAGUCGGAACUAUUUAUAAUCUAAAACAAAUUCAACGGUAACAUAAAGUAUAUUAUCAAUGGGGUUUAAAUGAUAUUAAUUUAUAUUAUACACAAUAGUGAAUCUCCAGAUUUAUUUGAUUGUUCUCCAACCAUUCAAGUCACACAACAAUUACGUUCUUACAACUAUGAUUGGAGACCAGUGUACACACAAAAGUAUCCAUGUGAUGUUUUCGGAGCAACUUGUUAUUCGGAUGGAAUCGCAUUAAUUGCAACAUUGGAUGAAUGGAUUAUUGUACAGUUACUUAAAAUUACUGUAGACGAAAAUAAUGAAAUAAUUGUAUUAAAUACUUGUAAUAAACAAAUCAGACUACAGAAUCAGGUAGCUAAUUAUUCAAUAAAAGUAGAUACGUAAUAUUCAAAUCCAACAUUAGCAAUUUUAUAAAGGUAAAUUUAGUUUCAAUUUUCAGUUACAUCUUUUAUAUCGUGUAUUUGGAGAGAUUGGUUCAGCGCUCGACGAGCGAGAGAGUUUUUUCAGCAAAACGUAGUCAACAGUCGAGACAUUUUUAUAUUAGCAACAGAAGAAUCAAAAAUAUAUUGUAUUACAUCUGAUAUGAACUCCAAAAUGGCUUCGAUAUUCUUAAACUGUCCCCAAAAUAUUGUACACAUUCAAUUUUGCGAUUUUGGUAGGUAAUAGUACUUUGCAUUACAUUUUUUCUAAUACAUUAUAAUAUAUUUUUGUUUGCUUUUUAGAAUCAAAAAAAUUACUAUUGGUAUCAUCCAGUGGGAUUCUUACAGUCCUCUACUGCGCUGAAAAUAUUCCAUCAGCGUUUAUUUACCUGGAAGUUACAAAAGUAGUUUCUGUAUUCAUUAUUGAUCACACAGUGAUUGUAAGCAAUGGUGUUUAUUUAUUUUUAAUAACAUUGGAUGAACAAUUUUCAAAAAUAGUUAAACAAGUCGUUACCCCAUUGAAAGGUACUUUUAAAAUAUGAAUUUGUUGAAAUAAUAUUUAAAGUAGUUAUAAAUUGUUUACAUUUUUAUUUUAUUUUUUAGGAGUACUUGCAUUACACAGAUUUCAGAUCAACAAAUUUAUUGCAAUGACCCAACUGAAUAAAAUGUAUAAAUUAUCUCCGAAAUAUGAAGUAAGCACCCAAAAAGAAAAACUCAAAAUCUCCUUGAAUGAAAAAUUUAUACUUACAAAUAUAAAAGAUCUGUGUAAAAGCAUAGAGUCCCUAGAAGAGCAGCACACCCAAAUUAAUAAUUACAUCAAUGCCGUAUCCAUUGUGGCACGUAAAGAUUUAGUUGCACAAUAUUGUUCAUUGAAUAUUUUGAUUUAUUCAGGUUAUAGUUUUUAUUAACAUUUUAUAAAUCUGUUGUACCGUGUCAUUCAAAUUUACAAAAAAAAUAUAGGUGCUAAAGCAGUAAAAUUAGGAGCUUGUCCAGAUAACUAUAUUUUUGCAAUCAGAAUCACCACUGAUUGUUCGUGGCUAUCAUUUCCUUCCAAAUUAUGGCAGCUUUUGGUUCGUGUCACAGACAAUGAAAAUUCAUCAACAAAUUGUGAAUUACAUGUAUUUGAUGUUGAUGUAUUCAACAAUAACUGUCCAUUAACAAUUAAACAUAGUUUAUUAGAUACAACAGCUGAAAAUUGUUCAUCUGGUACAGUGUACUGUGAAUUGAUUUGUCUAAUGCAAAAUAAUUUGGUUAACCAUUGUUUGGUUAUUCCGUUGAAUCCGGUCAAAUUAAAUGCAUUGUAUUUUGUCAAGGCUGAAAAGCAAGCAAAUAUACCAGCACUGAAUCCACUUGAAGAUCGACAUAAAUAUGUUUUUAAAUUUCCAGAUCAUUAUUCUUUGUCAGAAUGUUUAACCAUUAUUACUAACAGAAAUAAACAUAGAAUGUCAAAAAAAUUGUAUACAAAUAUAAUUGGUUUGUGUUAACAUGGAUUGUAAAAAAAUUAAAUUGUUUAAUAAUUUAUUAUUUUUGUUUCUAGAAAAUAUGCAUAAAACAUUGUAUUUGUUUUUUUUCGGAAAAAUUAUUUCAAUAGUUUUAGAUGACAAAAUUACCAAAACAAUAAUCCUAGAAUGUAUUGAUCAAGAUACUUUGAUUGCCGUUCGUAAUGGUAUUAUCAAUGAACUAUCAAAUGAUCAACCAGCGAUUGUAAAAUAUUCAAUUCUUGCAGACAUACAAGUAAAUAAUAUUAAUUUAAUGAAUAAUUUAUAAUACUUAUUAUGUAAUUUGAACAAUCUUUAGAAGCAAUUGUGUUCACUAGAAGAAUUGUCUAUAAAAGAUAGACACGACAAAAAUAUUGUUAAAGAAAUUAAAACCAAAAUUCAAAAUCAAAUCAGCAUUCAUCUUCCUGUGUAAUUUAAUAAUAAUGUUGGAAUGAGAGUUUAAUAAAUUACUACUUGUUGGUUCAUUAUUAUUGAAUAUAAAUAUGAAAUAUUUUAAAAUUUCUUUUCUGUACAACUGACAUCUUACUUAUC